AUGGUGCAGCUCCCGGCCAUGGGGAAGCGCCAGCACCCGGAGGCGGCCGAGCCGCCCUUGGCGUCGCCGGCCGCCGCCGUGAAGAUGGAGGCGGACGAGCUCCGGGACUUCGACCACGGCCCGCUCGGCAAGCGCGCCCGCCCGGCCCAGCCCUCGCCGCCCCCGCCCCCGCCCCCGCACCAGGACAUGUAUCACAAUGUACUUGAUGAACCUAGCCCAUUGGGUCUUCGGCUGAAAAAAAGUCCAUCUCUGUUGGAUCUCAUUCAGAUGAGGCUUUCUCAAGCAAAUUCCGAUGCAGGACAGUCCUCUACGGACAAUGCUGAGCCUUCCAAGAAGAAAGACCUUAAAUCUGGUACAUCAUCAGCUGGUGAACGGUUGAAAGCAUCAAACUUUCCUGCAAGUGUAUUGAAAAUAGGCAAAUGGAAGUACACAUCCAAAUAUGAAGGUGAUUUGGUAGCAAAAUGUUACUUCGCGAAGCAUAAACUUGUAUGGGAAGUUCUGGAAGGUGGUCUCAAGAGUAAAAUUGAAAUUCAGUGGUCAGAUAUAACUGCUUUGAAGGUAACUUUGCCUGAAAUUGGAGAUGGAUCCUUGGAUGUGAUGCUGGCUCGACCACCUCUCUUUUUCAAAGAGACGGAUCCUCAACCAAGAAAGCAUACAUUGUGGCAGGCUACUUCAGAUUUCACUUGUGGCCAAGCAAGUAUGAACAGGCAUCAUUUCUUGCAGUGCCCUACAACCUCGUUAGGCAAGAAUUUUGAAAAGCUUGUCCAGUGUGAUCAGAGGCUACAUCAGUUGAGUCAACAAACGGACGUCAUCUUGGACUCUUCAGUUUUUGAACCCAGAUGUUCUAUAUUUGAGGAUCCGGUGGAAUCGAAGUGCCAUGACUUUGCUAAUUUAAAAGAUGAACGUGAAGAUCUGCCUGGGUUUUCAGGGUCUGUGUCACCAUGUGCUGGUUCAUCUAUGUCUACCAGGAAUGAUACAAACGAUUGUUUUGGGAAGCAACCAGAAUUUGUCGCGCAGCCAAUGCACCCAGGGGCUAGUGCUGUAAAUGCACAACCAGUCAGCAGAAACGUAAAUGGUGUAGCUCAAGAAUUCAAUAUCCCGAACUGGUGGAGUCAGCUGAAAGUGCCUGGGCUUAGACCAUCAAUGUCAGUCGAUGAUCUGGUCAGCCACCUAGGAAAUUGCAUCAGCGAGCAGAUCACCUCAGGCAAUCCUUCGAUGGCCAACAAUGAGGUGCCUACAAAAGAAUCGCUGGAGGAGAUUGCGCAGUACCUUCUUGGUGAUGCGCAGGGCCCACAGGCGCCGGCCUCUGAUGAGCGACUGAUGGCACGGGUGGACUCACUUUGCUGCCUGCUUCAGAAAGACACAGCGCCGACAGCCCAGCCAAAGCCCGAGCCAAACGACAGCGGUAGCAUCGGCGGGGUGGACUCCGAAGGAUCAGACGAUGAAUUCAGCUCAGCAUCAACGAGGAAAACUGCAGAUGCUAACCAGCCGCCACCAGCUAUGUCCCGAAAGGACUCGUUCGGAGACCUGCUCAUGAACCUCCCCCGCAUUGCCUCGAUACCGCAGUUCCUGUUCAAGAUACCAGAGGAUUCCGAGAACUGA